AUGAAGAUGCUCGAAUUCACAAAGCGAGUCGCGGCAGACGGCGGCGACAGCUUCACAGGCCACCUCAGCUUCGACUUCUUAAUCUUCGGCGCAGCCGACGACGCGCAACUCUGCCCAAUCGAAUGCAACCCGCGCGCACACACAGCCGUCGUCCUCUUCGCCGAGAACCCCAUCAUGGCCGACACAUACAUCACGAUCGUUGACCCCGACUUCGAGAAAAAGCGCCCGGGUACACCCCCGUCCCCCGCUAUCCCGCACAACUACGUGCAAGGAUACUAUUGGGUAGGCCACGACUUUGUGGCGCGAUAUAUUCUCCCGUUAGCGACGAUGCCGAGUCGUGUAGGGCAUUAUAGUGAGGUUAUGAAGGGCCCUGAUGCGUUUUGGGAUCAUCUGUGGCGGUGGGAAGAUGCGACGUGGGUGGUUUGGGAUCCUGUGCCGUUUUUUGUACUCUAUCAUGUUUAUUGGCCCAUGAGGUUUUUGGGGGCUCUUCUCCGUGGGAGGGAGUGGAGUCGAGUUAAUGUUAGUACGGGGAAGAUGUUUGAGGGGAAGUAG